GUCUGACCCAGGCUUGGGGGCGGAGUUAGGAUGAUUGACAGCACCGCCCCGGGACAGCAAGGCUAGAAGCCGGGAGUCGCUGAAGAAGGCGUCUGCCUCCCUCGCGGCCGAGUGUGCUUUAUGGACCAUGUGCUGCUAUGUAUUCCUGAAAUACUUGAAAUGCAAAUUUGGAGAGACUUUACCAUCUAAAUGCUUGACUGGAUUAAGCGCCUAAUUAGGAUGGUUUUUCAACCAGUUGGAGUAAGCAUGCAAUCGGUACUUUGGUCUGGGAAGCCAUAUGGUUCAUCUCGAAGUAUUGUAAGGAAGAUUGGUACUAAUUUAUCUCUGAUCCAGUGUCCUAGAGUUCAGUUCCAGCUUACCAGUCCUACAACUGAAUGGAGCCCCAGCUACCUAGGAGAGGAUGCAGUGGUGUCUUUUGCUGAUGUUGGAUGGGUAGCCAAAGGAGGAGGAAGAGAUUGUUCAAUGAGACAAAGGGUAGAGGUCACUUCCAGACAGCCCCGCCAUCAGGAUGAUCUUCUCUUCUUUGAGAAGCCCCCUGGCAGGCAGUUCUCCUUACCAACCCUGUCUCCAGAAGAACCUCAAGCGAAGACUGAGCCUCUAGCAAACGAGGAAGCACUGCAGAAGAUCUGUGCUCUUGAAAAUGAACUUGCUGCUCUCCGGGCUCAGAUCGCCAAGAUCGUGACUCUUCAAGAGCAGCAGCAUCUCCCUGCAGGUGAUUCAGAUUCUACAACACCUGUUACCACAUUGCCAGCUUCUAUCGAACAACCUCCUCUCCCUCCGCCUCCCCCUCCCCCUCCCCCUCCCCCUCCCCCUCCUCUCCCCCCUCCACCAGGAUCCCACCAAAGUGUAUCUGCUAUUGACCUGAUAAAAGAACGAAGAGAGAGGAAAGCGAGUACAGGGAAAAUUUUGGUCAAGAGCAGUCCAACGAAACAGGAGAUGCCAAAUAUGCUAGAGAUCCUUAAAGAUAUGAACAGUGUAAAACUCCGGUCAGUGAAGAGGUCAGAGCAAGACACAAAGCCCAAACCAGUAGAUGCUGCUGACCCUGCUACUCUCAUAGCAGAAGCUCUGAAAAAGAAAUUUGCUUAUCGGUAUCGAAGUGAUAGCCAAGGUGAAAUAGAAAAAGGAAUUUCAAAGUCUGAACCAGAGACCACAUCAGAAACACUGCUGUUUGGACCACACAUGUUGAGAUCUACAGGGAAAAUGAAGGCCUUAAUUGAAAAUGCUUCCAGUUCCUAACAGACACUAAGCUGAGGAGGACUAUCUUGGUUCAGCUGUUGCCUUAUUGGGGCUAAGUUUGGCUUGUAGAAGUCAAUACUAAUAGCAAAAACCUGACAUUAAUAUUCAGUGGUUUUUUAAAAUCUAGUUAGAGGGUUAAACAAUAACAAAAGCACUCAAGUUUGUUUUGCUUUUAUGAGGUCUGAAAUUUCCACAAUACAUGUAUUUUGGCAUAAAAUGUUUUUAACUGUGUAGCUAAGAUGUCUAGGUUUCUAGUUUGAGAACACAGUAUACAGGUUCAGAAGAAAGGACAUUUGUAGGUAUGAGUUUAAAAUUUUUAAACACUAAUUUAUCUGUACAAAUGUUUUAUAUAUAUAUAUAUAUACUCUUGGAUAUGAUACAGUUUGAAAUUUCUAAUGACAGCAGUGGGCUUACCAUUGUUGUCAUUUGUUUUCAUUGAUCAUUUAUUAGAUGAUUGGGCAGCUUUGGUGUAACCAGUUGUUGGAGUUAAAUAUUUAAUAUUGGACAUAGGCUUGAGCAAAAAGUGAUUUGAGUAGAAUCAGCCACAGUUCACUACUGCAAUUCCAGUGCCACAGUUCACUGCUGCAAUUCCAGUGUCACAGUUCACUGCUGCAAUCCCAGUGCACUCCUGUAAAGGGGAGUCGAGGACCAUGACAGCUACCUUAGUGCCACCAAGUGCUGACCAAGAAAAUGUAGUUUUCAAUAGGGAAGUUUCAAAUUAUUGAGUUGAAUCUCUGAGUAAAAACCAGAAUAUACCAUAAUAAAAAUGAAUUGUUGCUAAGUUAAUCUAUGAAUAUCUGCAUAAUGGAGUUUAAAUUUUUUAAAUAUUGGCCAAAAUAACACUGAAUAUGCAAGAGAAGUUUCCAUAAGUUAUCUUUGGUGUGAAUGUUAUUCUGUUGAACUUUAUGUACACUAUACAUGAUACACCUGAGGUGUCAUGAGAGCAUACUUUUCUCAUCCAUGACUUAUAAGAAACUGCUAUUUAAAUGAUCAUUUUAGAAUACUUAGGAAUCUUCAUGAUUUUUGUAUCUGUGAAGCUCAGCUAUAAUUAAUGCCAGAAUCUCUUAACUGUUAGUAAAUAUUUGGAUUAUUUAAACUUCAUUAAAAUGUUUACUUCCUGGAGGCAUAAGGAACUGGGAAGGGCACGCAUUCAUUCAUUUUUAAGUUAUUGAAAAUAUGUGCAAUGUUCUAAGUAUUAGCAGAUAUAAUUUACAUGGUUUGGUUUAUUCAGCCUAAAUUUGAACUGUGACUUAACACAGAUUAAUAUACAUGGUUUUUAAUGAUAUGGUUUAAAAUUCCUGCCACUAAGUGAAAUUCAGAAAUUUUGCCUCACAUACAUAUUUUGAUAUUCUAAGAAAUUUCUGUGAGUAUUUAAUAUUUGCCAGUGCUUCAAUAUAAAGAAGCUACUGUUUUGAAAUAAACUUUUCUUUGCACCAUAA